CCCAGUGAAUCACAUGUGCAUCAAUUCCCGAUCCAGCCUCAAUAUUCAUUCUACCACCAAGUUGUCAGCUAGUCCCUACUCUAAUGCCCCAAGACGCGUCUAUUUCCACAGAAGAAACGGAAGUCGAUGAAGUUACUUUCAUCAAUGUUGAUGAGUUGCAGGCUCAUGGAAUUAACGCACAAGAUAUAAACAAAUUGAAGGCAGCAUCUCUUAACACCGUAUCCUCGGUUCAUAUGACUUCUAAACGUAAUCUUUUGAAGCUAAAGGGUCUGUCUGAAGCCAAAGUGGAUAAGAUAAAGGAAGCGGUUCACAAAGUCCUGGGCUCUCCAUUCCAAACUGGUGUACAAGUCUCUGAAAGCAGGCGAAGGGUCUUCUGCUUGAGUACGGGGAGCAAGUCAGUCGACGCAAUGCUCGGCGGGGGGCUACAAUCCCAGUCUAUCUCUGAGGGUUUGCAUACAGCCCAUGCCUGAUGUAUCUCUCUCAUAAUCGGUUCUUCAGUUUAUGGGGAGUUCAGAACUGGAAAAACUCAACUUUCUCACACUUUGUCUGUGAUUGCGCAACUUCCAGAAGAGAUGGGUGGUGCGGCGGAAAGGUUUGACAUUGUGGAGUGGUUUCCCUAUUUGCUUCUCU